AAGAUGUUAAUUUAUGCACAAUGGAAACAAGCUCAGAACAUAGUAUUCAUCCUCUUUGCCCUGGUGUUCUUUGUUAACAGACUCAUUCUCUUCCCAAUAAAAGCCAUCUACACUUCCUACCUAGUUUUCCUGACCAAAAACCAGUUCUUCUUCGGAUACUAUUUUGCCAAUGCCCUUUUGAUUGUUAUAGAAUGUCUCAAUAUCUUCUGGUCUUUACUCCUCGCCAAAGCAUUCUACAAGUUUUUAUCAGAAGGCCAGAUCAAGAAUGAUAUAAGGAGUGACAUAGAGGAGCAGGACAUGAAUGAUGAGAAGUCUGCAGUGAAACAGCAGAACAAGGAGAGACUCCAAUUCAAUGAUAUCACAGACACUCGAGCCCGGAAGCCAAUUUACCAUUGAGCCUUUCCUAGUAGCAUAACCUAAUCUAGUUCACUGAGGAUCCCUGGCUGACUGGUCUCCUGGCUGCUUGAAGAUUAUGUAACCCUGGGAAAUGUCUGGUUAUGAUUAAAUAUAAACUCCAUAGAAUGAGACCUGUGAUGAACAUAGACCCUUCAUUUCUAUUUUCAUAUGCUUCUCUCUGUGUCUAUAUCCUUCACUGGAUCUCAAGUUAGAAGAGGAAGGAUGGAAUAUGUCUGCUGGGGAUUUUAUGAUGAAUUUAAUUAUUGU